CAGGUCCUCAGCCCUGGCAGCCGGACUGGGCUGGAAUGCGCCCCUGGGCGGCUCCGUGCUGGCGCAGCAGCUGCUGCAGCUGGGCGAGCUGCAUGCGCGGGUCACCGACCCCUCCCUCAGUCAGGUGCUGGCGGCGGUGGUGCCUCAGCUCUACCGGGCCCUAUCCGGGCUGGGACUGCACGAGGGGCCGGUGGCGCGGGGGCUGCUGCAGGGCAGUAGAUGUGUGUGGGUGGGCAACGGAUUCGCGCAUGCGGGGCGCGUGGCGUUCAAGGGCUCUCUGGACCUCUCCCCCUACCUCUACGUCAUGCCCGCGGAGCUCGCCCCCUUCAAGGACCUGCUUCUGUCGUACGGCGCAGCAGACGGAUUCUCUGCCGUACAGUACUGCAGUGUACUGCAAGACAUGGCGAGCCGGGUCCGCAGCCGCUUUCUGAGAAGCAGCUGAGCCAAGUGGUGGCGGUAGCGCAGGCGCUGGCCGACCUGGCCCUGCCCCCCGGUGCCCUUAUCUACCUGCCAGACGAGCGAGGGCUGCUGGCCAGGGCGGGGGAGCUGGCCUUCAAUGAUGCGCCAUGGCUGGCAGGACAGCCCUCCUCCGCCUCCGUCCGCCUCGUGCACCCGCGCAUCUCACCGCACGUGGCCGCUCGUCUGGGCGCCCCCUCGCUGCGGCGGCUGCUGCUGGCCGCCUCCGCCGACUGCCUGGCGCUGGGGCCGGUGGGCGGCGCGGAGGCGUUCGGUCAAAGCGAGGCGCUGACCACCCGGCUGCGACACAUCAUCGGGGACUAUCCGGAG